AGUAAGCGAAAAAAGUGGUCUUGGACCUCGAAAAUGACUCGGUUAACGCUCGCGUUACUUGCAACUCUCUCCUUCGCCUCGUUUCUGUACGACACCGCCGCGACUACGACGGAAGCAACCUACCAAGAAUACAUGUCUCUAAUGAACGCCAAGAUGGUGCUGCGAAACUUACAACGGACUAGAGAAAAGCGGCAGAGGAUCCAGGGAAGCCACUGCCAACUAUUCCCGCUCAACCUGACGGUGACCACGCAGGAAGGCUGCGCCGGCAACAUCCCAUACUUCGGUUGCGCUGGAAGAUGUCGGACCACGGAAAUACCCCAUCAUUACUACUCCAGACAAGAUGCAAAUGUCCCCAAUCCAAUGAUAAGCACCUGCAAAUGCUGCAGUCACACAUCGGCACUGCUCACUGUCUCAGUUACAGCUCUCAACCACACAUGCAUAUCAGCAGACAAUUCAACAUCGUUUGUCACAGAAGACUACAUUCUUCUCCUCCCACAGGACUGUAGUUGUGCGGCCUGUGUCUAAAAGUGGCACACUUCUCUCUGUCUGUCUGUCUGUCUGUCUGUCUUUCUCCACUGCUCCCUCAGCCUCCCACUCCUUCAUACACUGGUCACUUCAUAUCUAUUGUCCGUCAGAUCAGCCAAUCAUAUAUUAUAUAUCAUCCAAAUGGCAUAUCAGAGUUUUAUUUUUUUAUGGUAAAUCUGAACAGUUUUCUAGCGUCAUAAACUAAGUGCGCAUGCGUACUCGUAUGCUUAUGACCGCGCGCGCAUGCGUGCGAGUAUACGUAUGUGCGCGCGCGCGCGCGCGUCUUCAUAAAGUGCGCAUGCGUAUGCGCGAAAAUGACGCGGCGCGAAGUGGAUGCUCAGCCAGCCAAUGGUGCAGUGAUGGCGGUGGGGGCGAUGCGCAG